UAGUUUUUUUAAGAUUUGGUCGGAAUAUUAGGUUACGUUUCUUAGCAACAUAUUUCCUAGGCUGCUAUAAAACUAAUGUUACGAUUUUGAACAAUAUCAAAACACGUCCUGUGUUGACCGGAAGUGACAAUAUUUUAAUUGUCAUGGCGAAGAAGAAGAGUGUUUCGUGUCAACCAUUACUGCUUUUACUCAUAACUGUGGCUUUUUUGCAUUUAUUAAUUUGCCCAUUUACCAAAGUAGAGGAGAGCUUUAACUUGCAAGCGGUGCACGACAUUUUGUAUUACAGACUCGACUUUGACAAGUAUGACCAUCAUGAGUUUCCUGGUGUGGUACCACGGACUUUCCUUGGCCCCCUCUUCCUCUCCAUGCUCUCCUUUCCUGUGGUGUUUCUGUUCUCUUUGCUGGAUGUACCAAAGUUCUACACACAGCUGAUGGUUCGAGCUUCCUUAGGAGUAUGUGUUAUUGGUGCACUAUGGCAUAUGCAGAGAGAGGUGAGAAAGCAGUUUGGCUCCACAGUUGCAGGGCUCUUCUGUCUGAUUUGUGCUUCACAGUUUCACCUAAUGUUCUACAGCACCAGGACACUCCCUAAUGUAUUUGCACUGCCAUUAGUUCUUGUAGCAUUCACAUCUUGGAUGGCUCAUAAAUAUGGCUGCUUCAUCAGCCUCUCAGCUUUGGUCAUCAUUGUGUUCCGGUCAGAGCUCUGCAUCUUCUUGGGUCUCAUGUUGCUGGUAUCACUGCUGAGCAGGAAACUGGGACUGCUGCAGCUGCUUUACUAUGCUGUUCCUGCUGGGAUCUUGUCAUUAGCUCUGACAGUGGCUGUUGACACCUUUUUUUGGAGGACGUUUCUGUGGCCUGAAGGUCAAGUUUUAUGGUACAACACCAUUCUCAACAAAAGUUCCAACUGGGGAACCUCUCCAUUUCUUUGGUACUUUUACUCUGCAGUGCCCAGAGCCCUGGGUUGCACUCUGCUAUUUGUCCCCCUCGGUCUUCUUGACAGGCGGAUGGGGCUGCUGCUACUACCCACAAUAGGCUUCAUCCUCAUCUACUCAUUGCUGCCCCACAAGGAGCUCCGCUUCAUCAUAUACACUUUCCCCGUGCUCAGUCUGGUAGCUUCCCGUGGCUGUUCUUUCAUUUUGUGCAACUACCGGAAAUCCUGGAUUUAUAAACUGGGUUCUGCAGUUGUGAUUGGCCAGCUGUUUACUAAUGUAGUGUAUUCUAGUAUUUGCCUCUAUGUUUCCUACCACAACUACCCAGGAGGUCAUGGGAUGCAAACAUUGCACAGACUGCUGCCAGCAAAUGCAGAUGUCUUUGUUCAUAUUGACACUUAUGCUGCUCAAACUGGAAUAUCGCGCUUCUUAGAGCAAAACCAAAAGUGGAGAUAUGACAAACGGGAAGACUUGAGCCCAACAAAUCCUGAGAUCAAAAUGUACUCACACCUGCUAAUGGAGGCUAAUGUCACCAAGAUACAGCUACUCCAGGACAAUCAUCAGCCAUUGGCCUUCAUAGCAGGUUAUAGCAACAUUGUCUUCAACAUGUUUCACUUUCCUCCUGUCAUUGUGCAACUAGAGAAAAAAACUGUGCUGAUGGAGAAAAAGACUGAGACCUGGCAACAAAAUGAGUGACCAACGGGAAUUAAGUGAUGGAAUAAAAAGUAAUGUUUUCUUGUUGACAAAAAUAUGAGCAGAUGUGGCAGUGUUUUGUAGCAGUUAUAACUACAGGGAAUGUCACAUUCUACAACAGAUUAACAGCUAACUUGCUAUCCAGACACAAACAUGCUGCAUUGAAAACACUUGCAUGCAUCUUUUCUGAGGUUUUAAAUGCUGUACCAGUUCAAAUUGUUUUCUUUUCUCAUGCAAAGAGGCAAAUUCACCUUCUGUAUUUUUUACCUCAAUGUGAUUUUUUAUAUUUUGCAAAAAAAAAAAAAAAAAAGUUACAGAUGAAUAAACUUGACUCAGGCAUAAAGCAAAACAUUUGAAACAGUGUAAGCAUCCAGAUUAUUUGACUUUUCAGUUUCAAUCCUGCACAUGACUAAUAACUCUAAACUCUAAAAUAUGUAUGUGGUAAACCCCCCUCCAAAAAAAACCUCUGCAAAAUUGCAUAAGUAGACCCUUUAUUUACAAAUGACCACAAUUUGCAUGGUUUCAGUCUCAAUGCUAACAUUUAUCAAAUUAUGUUCAGAAGUCAUAAAAUUUACAGUACAUUGUUUUAUUCAGUAAUAAACCCAUAAUUUAAUCCCCUGGACAUAAACUUAAAUUGUGCUCAAGACAAGUUGUAUAUUCCAAACAAGCUUCUUAUUCUGAAAAUACAGCAAUAUUAUACAUGAUCUUAUUAAAAACAUUUCAGCAAGUAAAAAAGGUCUAUUUCUAAAUGACAGUACCAUGAGCCACAAAUCCACAAUGAAAAUUAAAUAACAUUAACUUAAAAUAUCUUUCAGUCACAGCAUUUAUUUUUGAGCCACUUGGAAAACAGCUCUGCAUCUAUCUUUAAUCCUUAAUAAUCAAACAGCAUCCUGACACAAUCUAAACAUUUUAACAAAAAUAUUUACAGCUUUUUUUUUUUUUUUUGACCUGAAGUAAUUUUGGAUAAGGCACAAGAAGAGAGUACACACAGAAAACAAAUGUUAAUUUAUAAGCAAACAAUCACCAACCCCUACUACUAAAAGAAAAAAAAAAAAAAAA